CAUUACACAGACACAUUUCUUAAUUGGCUCAAAGUCCAGUCUUUUUUUAGGGUUUUGCAUUCUCAUCAUGGCGUCAGGGAUUCUCCCUCACUCUCCCCAAUUUAAUGUACAGUCCUUCAAUUUCAAAUUCCCCCGGAAAAAUAGAACCGUCUUGGCGCGAAUUUCAAAUGAACAACAACCCUCCUCCUCCAAUGGCUCUCCUCCUUCAUCAUCAUCAUCAUCAUCAUCAUCAUCAUCAAAUCAGAAGAACUCUUUUCCAGGUAAGCUUGAAGCAGAUGUUGUAGUGAUUGGAAGUGGUAUUGGUGGAUUGUGUUGUGGAAGUCUUCUUGCAAGAUACAAACAAGAUGUUAUUGUACUGGAAAGUCAUGAUGUCCCAGGAGGUGCUGCUCAUUCUUUUGACAUCAAAGGUUACAAAUUCGAUUCUGGGCCUUCUCUUUUCUCAGGUUUUCAAUCCAGAGGUCCUCAAGCCAAUCCUCUUGCUCAAGUUCUGGAUGCUUUAGGGGAGUCAGUUCCUUGUGCUGCUUAUGACUCGUGGAUGGUUUAUGUACCUGAGGGUGAAUUCUUGUCUCGCAUAGGACCCACAGAGUUUCUCAAGGACCUUGAAAAGCAUGUAAGCUUGGAUGCCGUGAAAGAAUGGAGAAAACUUCUUGACGCGGUGCUACCUAUAUCUGGUGCUGCAAUGGCGCUACCACCUCUAUCCAUUAGAGGUGAUUUGGGCGUUCUCUCCACAGCAGCUGCUAGAUAUGCUCCUUCACUCUUAAAAUCCUUCAUCGAAAUGGGACCUCAAGGAGCUUUGGGUGCUACCAAGCUUCUCAGACCUUUCUCUGAAAUUGUUGAUUCCCUGGAGCUAAAAAAUCCUUUUGUUCGUAACUGGAUUGAUCUUUUGUGUUUCUUACUAGCUGGAGUGAAAUCUGAUAGUGCACUCUCAGCAGAGAUGGUGUACAUGUUUGCAGAAUGGUAUAAACCAGGUUGUACACUUGAGUACCCUCUUCAUGGAAGUGGGGCGAUAAUUGAUGCUCUUGUGCGAGGACUGGAAAAAUUUGGUGGUAGGAUCUCUCUUGGAUCUCAUGUGGAACAAAUCGUUGUGGAAAAUGGUCGAGCGGUUGGAGUCAAGCUAAGAAGUGGUCAAUUUAUACGUGCUAAGAAAGCUGUAGUUAGCAAUGCAUCUAUGUGGGACACCUUGAAUCUGUUACCUAAGGAAGCCAUCCCAAAGUCAUACCAGGAGAGGAUUGAAAAGACUGCACAAUGUGAAUCGUUCAUGCAUCUCCAUUUGGGUUUUGAUGCCGAGGGCAUACCCGAAGACUUGGGAAUCCAUCACAUAGUUGUUAAUGAAUGGGAUAGAGGAGUUGAUGCUGAUCAGAAUGUUGUUCUGAUCUCUGUACCUAGUGUAUUAAGUAAAGAUUUGGCGCCGCCUGGAAAACACGUCUUACAUGCCUAUACCCCUGGUACUGAACCAUUUACUUUGUGGGAAGGACUUGACCGUAAAAGCACAGAAUAUAAAACACUCAAAGCUGAAAGAUCAGAGGUUUUGUGGAAAGCUGUGGAGCGAGCACUUGGGCCUGGCUUUAGCCGUGAGAAAUGUGAGGUAAAAUUGAUUGGAACACCACUAACUCACAAGAGAUUUCUUAGGAGGAAUAGAGGAACAUAUGGACCUGCAAUACAAGCUGGUAAAGAUUCAUUCCCUGGGCAUUCAACUCCUAUACCCCAGCUUUUAUGCUGUGGAGAUUCUACUUUUCCGGGUAUUGGAGUCCCUGCAGUAGCUGCCAGUGGUGCCAUAGUUGCCAACUCGCUGGUCUCCGUGUCUCAACACUCUCAGCUUCUUGACGCCAUUGGAAUAUGAUUGCAGCGAUUAGUUCGUUAACUUUCUCUCUCAAUUUUCACCAUUUGCUUAUGAUAUCUUAAUAUUAGUUGUUUCUUUGUUCGUGUUCCGUAUAAUUCUUAUGUGUUGUCCGUACAUAACAAUUCUCUUUACCUUCACUGAAUGUAAUUGUUUGCACAUAUCGGUCAAUGACGUUAUUGAUAUAAUAUAACACAACCAUUAGCUGGGAA